GCUCUCCACCAAUGGGAGGCGCGCACGCGGCCACCGCGCGCCGUCUCCAUGGAGAAGCGCGCAUUCCAUCCCGCCGCGCACGCGCCAUGGAGCCGGGAGCCGGCACCCCUCAGGGGGUAGCUCUGACGGGCCAUGUGGGUCCCACAUGCCCUGGGGAGAGGUCACCGUGCCUGGGCAGGGUCCAGGGUGACAUCCCCCAUGUGCCCAUGGAGAAGCUCCCGUGCCACGAGGAGCCACUGACAGCCACGGCCAGGAGGCUCCGGGAGAUGUCAGACAUAGCCGACGUGCUGGAGAUGCCCACCGAGCUGCCUGCCGAGGCUCUGCCACCUGUGCCCAGCCCCAAGCCAGCCCGAGAGAUUGUGAACGAACCCGCUGAGAUCAAGCUACCUCCCUGGCUUGGAAACUGGGGGACGUGCCGCGAGGAGAUGCCAGUGGAGCCCCCCUCUCCACCAAAGCCGGCAGAGCAGCCCAGCCAGCCCCGACGGGGCCGCCCGAUCCGCACCUGGCUGGGGGAGAAAGUCGUGGACCCCCUGAACUCUGGGCUGGGGCAGGAGCUAAGCGGCGAGGACUCCGCCCACCGGCGCGGCUUCCACGGACUGCCACUCCAUCAGUUCCUGUCCUCGCUCACCGACAGCCCCACCACGGACACCUACCGCCCACCCCGCAGGGCCCUGCUGCUGGCACAAGGGCUGCGGAAGGCCACGCUGGCGUCCAUGCUCUACGAGAAAUACAGUAAUGAGACGGAGGAGGAGAUCCGUCCCCGCCCACAGCCCAUGGAGUCUGUCUCCACCACGCACCGCGACUUCGCUGCCAGGGGCUUCCAGCCCACACCUCCAGCUGUCACCCAGCCCCACAAUUACUUGACGGAGCAGCCAACGAGCUUCUGGCUGGAGCAAGCCCGUGGAGUACCAGGUGUCACCGCUCUCUUCAGCAGAAACAUUCCCUUCAAGAGGAACGCAACCUUCUCCACUCCCAUCACUGUGUACCUAGGGCCACCCCACCCCUGCGACCCCCUGAGCAGCGAGCCUCAGACCUUCAAGGAUUAAAAAGCAAGGGGACACAGGUGGCCCCUGCAUCCUUGCCACCC